AUGGCUCGUCGUCCCGCAAGAUGCUACCGCUACUGCAAGAACAAGCCUUACCCUAAGUCCCGGUUCAACCGUGGUGUUCCCGACCCCAAGAUUCGUAUCUUCGAUCUGGGUCGUAAGAAGGCCAAUGUGGACGACUUCCCCAUGUGUGUCCACUUGGUCUCCAACGAGUACGAGCAGCUGUCCUCCGAGGCUCUCGAGGCCGCCCGUAUCUGUGCCAACAAGUACCUCGUCAAGAUCGCCGGUAAGGAAGGUUUCCACCUCCGUGUCCGUGUGCACCCCUUCCACGUCGUCCGUAUCAACAAGAUGUUGUCGUGUGCCGGAGCCGAUCGUCUCCAAACCGGUAUGCGUGGUGCCUUCGGUAAGCCCCAGGGUACCGUUGCCCGUGUGAACAUUGGCCAGAUCAUUCUGUCCGUCCGCACCCGUGACGCCCACCGCGCCACCGCCAUCGAGGCUCUGCGUCGCUCCAUGUACAAGUUCCCCGGUCGCCAGAAGAUCAUUGCCUCCAAGAACUGGGGUUUCACCCCCGUUCGCCGCGAGGACUACGUCCGUCUCCGCGAGGAGGGCAAGCUCAAGCAGGAUGGUGCCUACGUCCAGUUCCUGCGUGGCCACGGUCUCAUUGAGGACAACAUGAAGCGUUUCCCCGCUGCCUACGAGACUGAGGCUUAG